AUGGCUCUGGUGCUAUGCUUUGCAUCGGGUGGGUACAGAGUGCUUCAUUUCAGAAGCCAGGUAUUGAAUUCGAAAUGUUUGUUUGUCUUCUUGGGUUGGAACACUGAUAUGCCCUUAGUUCUCAUCUCUCCAUCCCCUCCCGUGAUUAGAGUGCUCUACAGAGUAGAUGAGUCAACUCUGAACCCCCACAAUAUGUAGCCUGGUGCACUAUAUGGGGAAUAUGGUGUCAUGUGUCUCUUUGUGUUUCCUCACAGGUCAGUGGGCGGGAUCUGAGUCACCUGACCAAACGGGAUCUUUCCCACCUGAGCAAACGGGAUGCUCUUAGAAUCCUGGCUGCCUAUGAGCAGCCAAUAACACUGCAGAUCAAGAGCCAGCGUGGGAGGGGUUAUGGCCUACAGGACUGCAGCACGCAGACUGAGAGACAAUGGGAGGCUCUCACCCUGCCCCCCCACCUGGCCCUGCGCAGUCUGGGUGUCACAGCACCCGGGACCAUGCCCAGGGUCAACCGUGCCUACCAGGACAGGUAGAGUCAUAGAUAGAGAUAGACAGAUACACUUCAGCUGUCUAUAAAAAUUUACUAAUAUCUUACUCCACUAAUUGUUAGAUUUGAUGACUCCACAUCACUCUCUCUCUUUCUCUCUCUCUCUUCUCUCUCUUCUCUCUCUCUUCUCUCUCUCCUCUCUCUCAGACACUACUGCAGCCACAUGAGUCUGCCUCGUGAUCACCGUGACAACGGGAGAUAUGAGUACCUACCUAACGCUCCACAAGACACAGAGGAGUUGGAUCCACUAGGUUACCAGGUGAGACAAAACACAGACACAUGUUCACACAAACACACGCCUACAUAUCUGUACAUAUCUACCUCAAAAACUCCAGUAUAUCUGCACAUUGUAAAUGUGGUACUGGCACUGACCCUGUAUAGCUUCCUCUCUUAUUUCUUAUUUCUUGUGUUUUCUGUAUUAUAUACACUACCAGUAAAAAGUUUUAGAACACCUACUCAUUCAAGGGUUUUUCUUUAUUUCUACUAUUUUUUUACAUUGUAGAGUAAUAGUGAAGAUAUCAAAACUAUGAAAUAACACAUUUGGAAUCAUGUAGUAACCAAAGAAGUGUUAAACAAAUCAAAAUAUAUUUGAUAUUUGAGAUUCUUCAAAUAGCCACCCUUUGCCUUGAUGACAGCUUUGCACACUCUUGGCAUUCUCUCAACCAGCUGCAUGAGGUAGUCACCUGGAAUGCAUUACAAUUAACAGGUGUGCCUUCUUAUAAGUUAAUUAGUUGAAUUUAUUUCCUUCUUAAUGCGUUUGAGCCAAUCAGUUGUGAUGUGACAAGGUAGGGGGGUAUACAGAAGUUAGCCCUAUUUGGUAAAAGACCAAGUCCACAUUAUGGCAAGAACAGCUCAUGAUUCCAUAUGUGUUAUUUCACAGUUUUGAUGUCUUCACUAUUAUUCUACAAUGUCAAAAUAAAGAAAAACCCUUGAGUAGGUGUGUCCAAACUUUUGACUGGUAGUGUAAAUAUUAUUUGUUAUACUAUUUUGAUAUUGAUUACUGCCCUGUUUUGUAGAGUUUGAAAGCUAAGCAUUUCACUGUACAUGUGUAUUUAACAAUACAACUUAAACACACACACACACACUCACACAGACACUUUGACAAACUGUCACUUAGUAGUAGGAUACCACAGGUAAUGUCAUAAAGCUUUUCCUUUGGUUUUGUAUGAACAAUAAUCACUUGAUGUUGUCAGCCAAUGCCAUACCCUAUAAUUAAGUCUACUGUAUGUGGGUACUCUGUCUGUGAUUGGACCACCAUUCAUCACUCAGUACCUGUAGUAGAGACAAUCAAUCCAUCAGUAGUGUUAAAUCCUGCACCCCACUCAUUAUUGGCAUUGAUAUAACUUCCUGUGUUGUAGACAGGUGAUUAUAAUUAGCCAAGGUAAUUAGCCCAUUGUACUGUAUGGUACAGUACAUGUGACGCAAGGAACUAGACCUCAUGUGGGUUUAGUAGUGGGUUGUAUGGCUCUGGAGGUGAGAUUGUACGCAGUGCUCUUUGAACAGGGGACUGCACCUGGGGAAACAUAUAGAGAACAACAGAUACUGCACUAGAGGAGGUUCAGAGCUUACUUCUCCGGGGUGUGUGUGUGUGUGUGUGGGGAGAACGAAACCGUAAACAUCCUGAUAGCCUCUUUGAUUGAAUAGGGCCCAAGCUCUUCCAAUGAGUUGUGUCUGAAUCAGGGCCAAUGUGCAAAUGACCAAGUCCAGCCGUCUAGUCCAUAUUGCAUCCCUCUUGAAGGAAAAGCACCCUUAGAGUUCGCUGAUCAAGGCUUUGAUGCACUUUUAUUUUCCAGAGUGGCUGACUAUGUACUAUAGUGUAGAUCAGGGCUGUACAACGAUGCAUUUUUCAAAAUGGAGCAGCUUCCCUCAGCCAACCCAAUCUGGAAUUAUUCAUGCUGCCGACAAGCAUUAGGGACCUGAGAUGGAACUAUAGACACACACACACACACACACACACACACACACACACACACAAGCAGGAUUGCUCAGGCACAAACAGCCAGGGUGCUUUUAUGCUGCAUAAAUAAAAGAAUAAUAACCAAAUCAAAAACGGAUCAUAUUUACAUCUAAAUCAUCAACACAUUUGUCAUCAAACACAUACAAACACAACACAUACAGUAUAUACCCAAACACACUCAGUGAAGCACACACACCCAUGUGCACACGCUCACACAAUCAUAAACAGCGCUCACGUGUUCAGCGGGCUGAAUGUGAGCUGCACCUAAUGAAAUCCCCUUGGAGAAUGGAAGGAUGCUCAGCUUAGGAUACAGAGGGAAAAACACACUCCUCUCUCCCAUCUACAAACAUACUCGUUUACUGUCUACAGCACACACUGAUGCACAUACUGCUGCCAGACACAACCUGAAGUUCAGUGCAGUAAAUCUGUAUUGCAGACCUACAGCAUGUAAUGGACUUGCAUUAACGCCCACAUUUAAUAAUCAGGGUCCAGAUUCACAAAACACUUCUUACGCAAAAACUUAAGAAGCUUCUUAAGAAGGUUUUGUGAAUCUGGGCCCAGGACUUUUGAUAACAAAGGGAUAUUUAGGGGGCUUUUUUUUAAGAGGCUUGAUCGCUCCAAUAUAAUUAUAUUAGAAAAUUGAAAUUGCAUAACCAAAGUUCUAUAAUUAGCAUUUUUUUAAAAAUCAGAUGCUUGUUUAUUCACGUAAACAUAUAUUAUUCAUAGUUAGUUAAACAUUGAUUAACCGCUCGCUCUCUCACUCUCUCUUCUCCAUCCCUCCCUCCAUCCCUCCCUCCCUGGGGACCUCUCUCUCUCCAAGGACCCGGAGCUGGCCAGUCAUGUUCCGAGGGAUCAGAGCUGUCUGAUUGGCUGCUGCAACAACCUAGAGGAGCCCAGCAGUUACCACAGUCAGGUGUGUGUAUGUGUGUGCGUGCUUGCGUGUUUGUGGGUGUUCAUGUCUGUGUGUAUGUACUGUAUUGCUGCAUACUGUGUGUUAUCACUAACCUCUCUCUCUCAUCUUCAGACUGAGGAUGAGGACUAUAUGUUGGAGAAACCUCUGGGCUACCUGCCACUCCACCAUGAGCUGGACAGCGGUCUGGGCUGGACCGAUGGUAGCCUGCACCAGGGAGACCUUUCUGGCCUGGAGACAGAGGAGGGGGGUCUGGAGGAAUGUCACCCCAGGGGAGGGGGCCUGGUGGUCAGCGGAGGAGGGGGUGGAGGUGGAGGGUCUCCAUCCUCUGAGUCCUUCAUCUCGUCUGAGCUGAGUGACUCAGGGUUCUACAGCGUGAGCACGGGAGAGUUCCGCCGCUUCCAGAGGCUGUUAGAGAAGCGUAUGCGCCUGUACAACGAUCGUCUACACCACCAGAGGGAGGUGUGCGAGCGGGAGCGCCGCGACAGCUGCCAGAAGAACCACAGAGAGCUGCUUGAAGCCAUCCCUGAGGCACUGACCAUGCAGCCCCAGCACUCCUGCCCCACACCUGGCCUGGCCGCUCCAUCCAUUGGCCCUCCACCCCGCGGACUCUUCAGGUAGGGGUUUAUCACCAGACUAUUAUCAUUAUGAUUGUCAUAGUUUUCCAUGAUAACAUGAUCCAUAGCCAUCCAAAUCCUAUCUUCAAAGUAUCCUCAGUCCAGUGUUGAACGAUGAUGAUGCAUGUUGUUCACCACUUUAUCAUCUCAUGUAUAACUUCUGUUGUCCUCUGUGUCUUCAGGGUGUCGUCCGUCCAGUUCCGGAAGGCAGAUCGUCCCUGUCUGAGCAGACACAGCUCAAGCAGCGGCUCCCUCUUCAACCCUCACCACGCCCCUGUGCCCCUCUCUGCCCAUGCCCCUGUCCUCUCCACCUGCAGUACCCCCUCCGGCCACCGCAGGCCGCCACCUCCACUGCAGCACCAGGGCUCCAGCUCAAUGGGGACAGCUGCGGAGAAGCAGAACCCUGCACCACCGUGGCCCACCCCAGGAGCGUGUCAGACGGGCUAGUCACCCGUCAUCCCCCUCCUAUGCCACCCUGCAGCAUUGUGGGGUAGCGCCACCUAGAGGCCUGGAGCUGGGCCCGCCUGAAGAGGGAGAACCAGAACUGGUCCUCACACACCCAGCAGGACUGGCCCUCUCACCCCAGCAACAUGCAACCUCUCUGGGGGAACACAGAGGGGCUGUGCCCUUACCCAGGGGACAUUACUGCGACAAUAGUGCAGGUCGUGAUCAGCUGGUUAACGACAGGAGGCAGCAGCAGGAGAGGAGCUUUAUGACAGAAAUACCAGUGCGGGAGAGGGAGCAAGAGAGAGAAAGAGAAAGAGAAAGGGAGCGUGAAAGAGAGCGAGAAAGAGAGCGAGAAAGAGAGCGUGAAAGAGAAAGAGAAAGAGAAAGGGAGCGAGAGAAAGAAAGAGAGCGGGAAAGACAAAGAGAAAGAGAGAGAGGAAGAGAGGUGCACCGCUUCAGCACCAUCAGCCACCCUCCCCAGACAUCCAUCGACAUCCAUGAGACAUGGCCUAAACCGGCCAAUCGUCUGUCCCACCAGGGGUCAGGGGGUGGUGGGGGCCUCUACAGCACCCUGGAGGGCCACACUGGGGUCGGGGCUGGGGUCGGUGGAGGGUCCAGGAGGUGCCCCAAUCCUAACCCCAAUCCCAACCCUACCCCCAACACUAACCCCAACCAUCCUAACCCGAGAGCUGUGAGGAACCAGAUUCUUCGCGACCGGGCGUCGCAGCUAGCAGACGAGCGCAGCGGGAUGAGUACGGAUGAGGAGAGUCAGGAGGUGAUGAGAGGGAGGUACUGGAGCCGCACAGAGAGACGGGAGCAUGUCCUACUGGCCCGGGAGCAGAAACAGCAACAACAGCAGGCCCGAGGGCAGCAGGCUUACACAAGGCCAGAAGACAAUGGAGGAUCAGGAUCUCUGAGAGAGGCAGGCGUCAACACAAGAGGAGGAGCUAUGGGAGGAGGAGGGAGAGGAGUUAUUCAAGAGGAAGAGGCUAUGUCUGGAAGGGGAGGGUCUUUGGGAGAUGGCCGGUGCAGCACGGUGCUGGAGCUCAGCCAAAGGAAGUUGAGUCGUCUGCAGAACAGGAAGCUGUUAGAUGAUUGGACGACGGUGGAGGAGCUGCUGACUCACGGGACGAGGCUGGGCACCCGAGACGAGAUGCCCCUCUGUCCCAGCUCACUACUGACUGUCACUACUGUAUAG